GUCCUUUUUGAGGGCUAUAUAGGUAAUGUCCAGCCUGAGGCUCAUUGCAGGCAGUCAUGGAUCGCCCUGGGACUCAGAUGUUGACAUGGACACUUUGUGUCCUCUUGAGCUGGUUGUGUGUCACUCAGGCAGCGCCAGGACCACACUACAUGGUGGCCAUUCCUUCAGUUCUUGAAGCUGGAGCUGGAACACAAUUUUGUGCAAGCCUCCUAAAGCCAAACGAGACUGUGGUCAUGACUGUCACUCUGAGAUCCAAAGGGGGGAACAUGACCAUCAUCAAGGAGACAUCCAGUCAGGAUUUUCACUCCUGCUUCAUCUUUAUGGUUCCACCAGGGGACAAUGAGGUAGCACAUUUUGAUGUGGAGGUCAGAGGGGCAACGUUUUACUCAAAAGAAGUUAGGAAAGUCAUGAUCAAAACAUACGAACCAAUGACAUUUGUCCAAACAGACAAACCUAUCUACCUGCCUGGACAAACAGUGAAUUUCAGAGUGGUUACAAUAGACACUAAGUUCAGACCUUCUAUCGGAUUGUAUGAUGCCAUCCAAAUUGCGGAUCCAAACAGAAACAAGAUUGGACAGUGGUUGAACCAAACAUCUGGUGGCAAAAUAUUGCAGCUUUCUUACACCUUGAGCUCUGACGCCCGUGAAGGAUCCUACCAUGUAUUUGUGUCACGUGGCAAAGAUGAAAUUUAUCAGUACUUCAAGGUGGAGAAAUAUGUUUUGCCCAAAUUCGAAGUUAAGAUAGAUUCAUCUGAUGAAGUCAGCAUUGGGCAGAAUGAAAUCAGAUUUAAAGUAUGCGCAAAGUACACCUAUGGACAGUCUGUGCCCGGCACUAUCACAGCUAAAAAGUGCCGACCUCUUCAUCUGUAUUUGGCUCGCAGUCAUCAAAGUGAUAUAACUGCCCCAUGCUUUGUUGAAAUGCAGAAGGCAGACAAGUCAGGUUGUUCUACUUUUGCCUUUGAGAUGGCCACUUUCAAAAAGCUUGAUGAAAGCAUGAUGCAGGAUUCACUGCAUCUCACCGCCAAAGUGGAGGAGGAGGGAACAGGAAUAACCCACGAACAGGAGAUGACAAUCAAAAUUUCCUACGUUACUGCAAAGCUGGCAUUUGUUGAUACACCCAAGAUUUAUGAGCAGGGAUCAGAGGUGGUUGGAAAAGUCAAAGCAGUUCAUUACGAUGAUACACCCAUCCACAACAAGUCUGUGUACCUGUUUGAGGGUAACAGGUGGUCACCACGUCAGAUACAGCACCUUACGACUGACAGCGAGGGUUUCGCAACUUUCAGAUACAACACAGCUGGAUCUGAUGGGGACAUCCACCUCCAUGUGAACGACGCACCAGAGGUCAGAGCAGUCUAUUCUAUUAAUAAAAGCGGAUACUUUCAGUCAGGACAUCACACAGUGAUGAUGGCCCGAGAUGCUUCUCCAGAUAGGAAAACAGUCAGCUCCCUGGAGGUGCAGAGCAAGGAGCAAGCAUUGCCCUGUGACACAGAAGAACACAUUUCUGUCAAAUACACUAUUGUGGGAGAGAAACAGGGGUCUGCAGAUGUGAUGUAUUUGGUCUUGGCCAGAGGAGCCCUUGUCAUGCAAGGAUCUGACUAUAUUGAAGUGGGAAAUCAAUCAGUGACUGAGGGCGAGAUCACAUUUAAGAUGACAGUGUCUCCAGAGAUGGCCCCAGAGAUCCAGUUUGUGGUUUAUGCUGUCCUCCCUAGCGAGGUGGUGAUCGCUAACACUGCUGACUUCUCUGUCGAGAAAUGUUUCAGUCAUAAGGUGUCACUGAAGUUUUCUCCAUCCUCGGCCAUCCCAGGAGAGGUAGCCACCUUGCAGGUGACAGCCCAGCCAGACUCACUGUGUGGUGUGAGCGCUGUCGACCAGAGCGUCCACAUCAAGGAGUCUGGGAAAGGUCUUGAUGCCGACAGGAUCUUUAACUUGCUGCCUGUCACAAAAUUAUCCUAUAUUCCCUAUGAGGUUCAAGAUCAUGUAGAAUGCCUGGCUGUUAGGCCCAAAAGAUACAUAUUGCCUGAAGGAAUAGAGGAUACUUACGCCGUUUUUAAGAAUGUAGGGCUGAAAAUGGCAACAAACUUGGAUAUCAGAGUUCCUACAUGCCUGAAGUACGGUGGAAGAAAGUACAUUCAUGAAUCCUUAGAUCACCCUGUUGCAAUGCAUCAUGAAUUUGGUGGUAGUGGGAUUGCGCCAGUAGAGACAGUCCGCUCUUACUUCCCAGAGACCUGGAUAUGGGACCUGGUGGAAACUGGGGAUUCUGGAAUCACAGCUGUUUCCCUCAAAGCUCCCGACACCAUCACCACCUGGGAGACAGAGGCUUUCUGUUUGUCCUCUCAAGGUUUGGGCUUGGCUCCUCAAGAGAAACUCACCGUCUUCCAGCCCUUUUUCUUAGAUCUCAGCCUGCCUUACUCCAUGAUCAGAGGAGAAAACUUCGAACUGAAGGCCACCGUCUUCAACUACGAGAAUAGCUGCUACAUGGUAACUGUGACUCCAGAGGCCUCCUUUGAUUACACUCUCACACCAAAACCUGAAGUAGAGUACACAACCUGUUUGUGCAGUAAUGACCGCAAGACCUUCAGCUGGACCCUGACCCCUUCAUCCUUAGGUGAUGUGAAAGUUUCUGUCUCCGCUGAGGCUGUGGAGUCCCAUAUCACAUGUAACAAUGAAAUUGUGAGCGUGCCAGAGAGAGGCCAUGUCGACAAAGUCUCUAAAACGCUCAAAGUUAAGGCUGAAGGCAUUGAGAAGAAAAGGGCCUCUACCUGGCUGCUAUGUCCAAAAGACGAGGUUUUGACAGAGAAAAUAGAAAUACUGCUCCCCGAGAAUGUGAUUGAAGGAUCUGCCCGUGCUGUCGUAUCAGUGCUGGGUGACAUCAUGGGCCGAGCUAUGGAAAACCUGGAUGGGUUGUUGCAGAUGCCGUAUGGAUGUGGUGAGCAGAACAUAGCACUUCUGGCUCCUAACAUCUACAUCCUCAAAUACCUGCAAGACACAGAUCAGCUGACUCCAGACAUCAAGCAAAAGGGAACCAGCCACCUGACCAGUGGUUACCAGAGACAACUGAACUACAAACAUUACGGCGGUGCUUUCAGCACCUUUGGGUCAGGCUCAGGAAACACCUGGCUGACUGCCUUUGUGAUGAGAUCUUUGGUCAAGGCACAGAAUUUCAUUUUUAUCGACCAAGAAGUUAUUAAUGAGUCUAAGACAUGGCUGGAGAGCAGACAACAGCCCAAUGGCUGCUUUGAACAGCUGGGAAAACUCUUCAACAAUGCUAUGAAGGGCGGUGUGUCUGAUAAAGUCACAAUCACUGCUUACGUCACGGCCGCCUUCUUGGAGAUGAACAGGACCAGAACAGACUCUGUUGCUAAGAGCCUCUUGUGCCUGAUUAACACCGUCGAUGACUUCAGUAACACCUACGCCACAGCUCUGCAAGCAUAUGUCUUCACCCUGGCAGGAGAGAUGGAGAUCCGUACGAGACUUCUGAAACAUCUGGACAGUGUGGCAAUAAAAGACGGAGGUUUCAUCCACUGGUCUCAGUCUGCAACAGACCACUCAUCGUCUUUAUCUGUGGAGAUGACCUCCUAUGUGCUGCUGGCCAUACUUAAUGGUUCUCCUUCUGUUGAAGAACUGGGAUAUGCCAACAGCAUGGUUAGAUGGCUGACCAGCAAGCAGAACUAUUAUGGAGGCUUCUCAUCCACACAGGACACAGUGGUGGCCCUUCAGGCUCUGGCUCUCUACUCCACUAUGGUGUACAGUUCAGACGGUUCCAGUAAGGUGUUUGUAAAGUCUCCUAGCGGUCAGCUGGAGUUUGAUAUAAGCCUGGAUAACAAGCUGCUCUACCAGGAGCAGGUGCUAAAAGAUGUGUCAGGAGAGUACAUCGUAGAGGUGACAGGAAUGGUGUGUGCUUCAGUGCAGAUUUCUCACCACUACAACAUCCCAGCUCCUAUCACAAUAACCAAUCUGGAUGUCAAGGUCACUGCAAAGGCGGAAUGCAACAGCUCACUCAUCAGACCCAUCAUGAGUCUGACCUUGGACACCAUAUACACAGGAAGCCAGGACGUUUCAAACAUGGUGAUCCUGGACAUCAAAAUGCUUUCUGGAUUUGCACCAGACCCUGAGUCACUGAAGGAGCUGAAAGAACAAACAGAUGUGGAACGAGUUGAACAUGAAAAGGACCACGUUCUGGUGUACAUAAAGGAGUUGGCAAAGGACAAUCCCAACCAAUACACACUGAAUCUCAUACAGGAGCUCCAAGUGUCCGACCUGAAGAUGGCUGUGGUCAAGCUCUACGACUACUACCAGCCAAGUGAUGUGGAUCAAGAAGAUUACAUCUGCCCAUGUGCUGCAGCUUGAUGUUUGAAGCGUGGUCAUCUUCAGUCCAUCACUGACGCCAGUCCAAUAAAAAAAAAAAAAAAAAGUACUUUCUGAAACUGCUCUGUUUUUGCAAACAUGCACAAGCAGUCAUCAUCCAUUACAGCUGUGUCACCAAUAGAUUUGUGGAACAUGAAACUUAAUUUCAGUAAAAUUAAAAGCAUUGUAACAGAAA